AUGGCAGGAAUAUUCGGCUUUCCUCCCUCUUCUGCUGCAGCUGCUGGCAACAGCAGCAGCAGCAGCAGCAGCAUUGACAGAAAGGCAGGUUUCAUCUUUGGAGGGUCGUCCUUUCAGUUCCCACCGCAGCAGCAGCAGCAGCAGCAGCAGCUGCAGCAGCAGCAACAGCAGCAACGUUAUGGACAACCCCAGCAACUCUUCAUGAGCUCGGACGUAACUAAGAAGUGUGCUGUUAGGUUCAGCGGUAGGUAUACCUUCCCCAAGCUGCAGCAGCAGCAACAGCAGCAGCAGCAGCAGCAAGGAGAGGUGACUUGCUGCUGCUUUGCAGGUGCUGCUGCUUCUGAAGAAGGGUCGGCGCUGCAGGUCUUCAGGGUACUGCAGCAGCGCAGCAGCAGCACACGGGGGCUGAGCAGCUCGACGGUGCUUAUUGGCUGCUACCUCCUGCAGCAGGAGCAGCAGCAGCAGCAGCAGGAGCUGCAGCAGGUGGGCGUAUUUGAGGUGUACGUACCGGGGUAUGAUGUAGAGGUAGGAGAAAAAUUUAAUUUUAUUUGCUGCAGCAGCAGCGGCAAGGCGGUGGCACUUUGCUGCUCCUCUGCUUGCUGCGUUGCUGCUGUACCCCCACUCCAGCAGCAGCAACAGCAGCAACAGCAGCAACAGCAGCAGAAACUGGAUCGGCUGCUGCUCACAGCACAAAACAGCAGCAGCAGCAGCAGCAACUGUUGCCGCCAGACCAACGGGAAACUCUUGCUAGUAAACAACACCAUGGACCAGCCGCAGCAGCAGCAGCAGCAGCAACAGCAGCAGCAGCAGCAGCAGCGUGUCUUUGUCCAUGUGUCUUUUCAUCCUUUCUCUGAUUGGGCUGUUGCUGUCUUGACCCAUGAGCGUCUGCCAAUAGAAGCAGCAACAGCAGCAGCAGCAGCAGCAGCAGCAGCAGCAGCACACGACAACAGGAUGCAUGCAGUGCUGCGUCUCUUUGAUAUUUGCUGCAGCACGGAGACGCCAGAGCAAGAGAUUUUGCUGCCAGCAGCAGAUUCAGCAGCAGCAACAGCAGCAGCAGUAUCACCCUUUGCUGCUGCUGCUGCUGCACCCCCAUCUCCCUUAGCUUCCUCCUUUUACUUUGGUGCAGCAGCAGAACGAAUUAAUCCUUGGUCUGCUGCUGCUGUCUUUGUCUCCUUCCCCACUAGCAGCAGCAGCAGCAGCAGCAACUUCAGCAGCAGCAGCAGCAGCAGCAGCAGCAGCUGUCUCUGCCUCACUCCUUUCCUUCCAUCUCGAGCGCAGCUGCCGCCUGCCCUUGCGCUGCAGCUGCAUGAUGCUGCGCUGCAGGAGGAGCUGCAGCAGCAGCCGAAGGGCAGCAGCAGCAGCAGCAGCAGAAGCAGCAGCAGCAGUGGUGCUGCUGUGAAGGAUGGCGAUGGGUGCUGCAUGCCGCAGCAGCAGGAAGUUUCCCGCUGGCUGCGUGAGUGGGCCACCAGCAGCAGCAACAACAGCAGCAACAGCAGCAGCAGCAGCAGCAAUCUACAACCAGAACCACAGCGGUUGCUGCUGCCGUCUCCUCCACGGGCUGCUGCAGCAAAACUGCAGCAGCAGGCAGAGGUUCUAAUAUGUACAUCACCGCUGCUGCUGCUGCUGCGCUGCAGCAGCAACAGCAGCAGCAGCAACCUACAGCUGGAAUGUCUCGCGAGCCCAGACACCAUACAGCCACGCAUGCAAAAGAGAGUCUCGCUGCGGCAGCAGCUGCAGCAGCAACAGCAGCGGCACCAGCAGCUACAACAGCAGCAGCAGCAGCAGUGCCUGUCUUUUGUGUCCCUUGCUGCAGCAGAAGGACCAUCUUGCAGCAGCAGCAGCAGCAGCAACUCGCUAGAGCUACGCGCUCUCCCCGCGUUGCCUAGAAGCAGCAGCAACUGCAGCAGCAGCAGCGGCUGCUGCUGCAGUGCUCUCAUCUGGUGCAGCACGGGUGCCUACCGCGUGGAUGUGAAGGGUCUCUUGUCCCCUGUACAGAAGCAGCAGCAACAGCAACAGCAGCAGCAGCAACAGCAGCAGCAGCAGCAGCAGCAGCAAGUGUGCAUGUCUGUAACUUCUUUAGACUUAGGCGACAGCAAGAAGUUGCUGCCGCACUUCUUUGCUCAUUUCUCUGCACCGCAGCUGCUUGUUGCUGUUGCUGCUGCAGCACCAGCAGCAGCAGCAGCAGCAACAGCAGCAGCAGCAACAACAGCAGCAAGCGAUGCUGCUGCACUGGUUGUGCUCGACGUCGACACUGCUGCUGCACGCGGCUCUUCGUUGCUGUUAACCAGCAGCAGCAGCAUCGUUGGACAGCAGCAGCAACAGCAGCAACAGCAGCAACAGCAGCAGCAGCAGCAGUCGCAGCUGAUCUCACAGGCAGCCGCUGCACUACACGGAGCAUACCAGCAGCAAAAGGAGGGCCUGCUGGAGCUGCGGCAGCAGCGUGUAGCAGCAGCAAAAGCAGCAGCAGCAGCAGCAGCAGCAGCAGCUGGACCGGGUAACACCAGCCGGAAGGCACGGCGAGCAGCAGCAGCAGCAGCAGCAGAAGUUGCUGUUGCUGCUGUUAAGUGGAUGGACACCGCAGAGUCAACAUUCCUUAAGGAGGAGAGGCAGCAAAUGCUGCUGCUGCAGAAAACUGCUCCUUUGCUGCUGCAGCGCAGAGCAGCAGCAGUGCAGCAGCAGCUGCUGCUGCAGGCAGACGAAGCAGAACGCAUGCAGCAGCAACAGCAGCAACAGCAGGAAAAGCUUCAGAAGCUUGAGAAACAAUCUGAGGAGUUGAAGCGCCGCUGCAGCAGUGUUGCUGCUCUUUUAUCUGCUGCUGCUGCUGCUGCUCGCCGGCAGCAACUUGCCUUAACUGUGCCGCAGCAUGCGCUGCUGCUGCAGCUGCUGCCCUCGCAGCUGCUGUCGCCAAUUGCCCCGCUGCUGCUGCAGCAGGAAGCAAAGGCAGAUGCGUCUAAACAGACAGAUGCUUCUCCACUGUUGCGACUAACAGCAGCAGUAACUGCACAGAUCCUUGCUAUACAGCAGCGGGAGCAGCAGCUGCAGCAGCAGAUUUGCUGCCUUGCUGCUUCUCAAUGCAUGCAGCUGCACGAGCUGCCCAAAUCCAAAGACAAGAUAGCAGCAGCUUCCUCCCUCAACCUGCAGCAACACAAUACAGCAGCAGCAGCAGCAGCAGCAGCAGUGGUUAGCAGCAACAGCAACAGCAACAGCAACAGCAGCAGCAGCAACAGUCAGCGACAACAGCAACAGAAAACAGAAUUCGCGGUAGAAGCAGCAACAAAGACAGCAGCAAAAACAGCAGCAGACGCAGCAGCAACAGCUGCAGCAGCAGCAGCAGCAGCAGCAGCAGCAGCAGCAGCAAGAGUAGUCGAACCUUUUUACAAAACUGAGCUGCAGCUGUUGCUGUUGCUGCUGGUGCAGCAGCAGCAGCAGCAGCAGCAGCUGGUGUUGGUGUUCUUCUGCAGCAACUUCUUCUUGUAG